AGUAAACCGACAUUGUACAUUUAUAUAUAUAUAUAUUUUUUAAAUAUCUUAUUCAUCCACUGAGAAGCCAUGCCGAGGUCGAAUAGGCAAAAAGAAUAUAAGCCUGGGGAUCUCGUGUUUGCGAAAAUGAAGGGUUAUCCACAUUGGCCCGCGAGGGUAAGCAACUUCAGACUUUUCUUCUUGCUAAACCAAACGCUAAUAGUAGGCCUAUGUCUUCUUGUUUCUAUUCCACAUGUAUAUAGGCCUAUCUGCUAGAUCAGUUCAAUGAGGCCUACCCCCCUGGUCUUUGCUAAGUUUAUUUGCGAAUGACUAAGCGCUGUUAAAUAGGCUAGUGACAUUUUUUUUGUACAUUCGGUGUUUCAUUUUGUGAAAUCUAAAGCAGUAAACAAUUUUACUGUAACCUAGCAAAUGCCGUCCUGAAUACUAUUAAUUUCGCAGAGACGCCGUUUAAUUUAACCAUUGAUACGAGGCCUAGUAUAGGCUGUUCGAUAGAUCCUGGCUUCAAGUAAACAAACAUAUCAUUAUAUUCAACUUGUGUAACAAAUAGGCUCGAGUACAUUUAAUUACCCUCGACUUCUAGGAUAUUAGGCUAUUCCAAGUCCAACCAGUAGCAUUUUACAAUGUGAAUGUGAUACAAAGUUGCGACUUGACGAGUCGCGAAAUGGAUACUUUGAAAUAUUGUAACUGAGUUUGCUACAGUGUGGGAAUUCCCGAAUGGAUAAUACACAUGACCAAAAGUAUGUGGACACCUGCUCGUCAAACAUCUCAUUCCAAAAUCAUGGGCAUUAAUAUGAUGUUGGUCCCCCCCUUUGCUGCUAUAACAGCCUCCACUCUUCUGGGAAGGCUUUCCACUAGAUGUUGGAACAUUGCUGCGGGGACUUGCUUCUAUUCAGCCACGAGCAUUAGUGAGGUCAGGCACUGAUGUUGGGUGAUUAGGCCUGGCUCGCAGUCGGAGUUCCAAUGAAUCCCAAACGUGUUCGAUGGGGUUGAGGUCAGGGCUCUGCAGGCCAGUCAAGUUCUUCCACACCGAUCUCGACAAACCAUUUCUGUAUGGACCUCGCUUUGUGCACGGGGGUAUUGUCAUGCUGAAACAGGAAAGGGCCUUCCCCAAACUGUUCUGUCCUUGAGCUGUUCUUGUCUAUUAAUGUUCUGUAUUAUGUCAUGCUUUCGCAACAGCUAAUGGGGAUCCUAAUAAAAUACAAAAUAAAUACUAAACUGUUGCCACAAAGUUGGAAGCACAGAAUCGUCUAGAAUGUCAUUGUAUGCUGUAGCGUUAAGAUUUCCCUUCACUGGAACUAAGGGGCCUAGCCCGAACCAUGAAAAACAGCCCCAGACCAUUAUUCCUCCUCCACCAAACUUUACAGUUGGCAUUAUGCAUUGGGGCAGGUAGCUUUCUCCUGGCAUCCGCCAAACCCAGAUUUGUCUGUCGGACUGCCAGAUGGUGAAGCGUGAUUCAUCACUCCAGAAAACGCGUUUCCACUGCUCCAGAGUCCAAUGGCGGCGAGCUUUACACCACUCCAGCUAACGCUUGGCAUUGUGCAUGGUGGUCUUAGGCUUGUGUGCGGCUGCUCGGCCAUGGAAACCCACUUCAUGAAGCUCCCGACGAACAGUUUUUGUGCUGAUAUUGCUUCCAGAGGCCGUUUGGAACUCUGUAGUGAGUGUUGCAACCGAGGACAGACUAUUUUUACGCGCUUCAGCACUCGGCGGUCCCAUUCUGUGAGCUUGUGUGGCCUACCACUUGGCGGCUGAGUCGUUGUUGCUCCUAGACGUUUCCACUUCACAAUAACUGCACUUACAGUUGACAGGGGCAUCUCAAGCAGGGCAGAAAUUUGACGAACUGACUUGACAGUGCCACGUUGAAAGUCACUGAGCUCUUCAGUAAGGCCAUUCUACUGCCAAUAUUUGUCUAUGGAGAUUGCUUGACUGUGUGCUCGAUUUUAUACACCUGUCAGCAACUGGUGUGGCUGAAAUAGCCGAAUCCACUAAUUUGAAGGGGUGUCCACAUACUCUUGUGUGUGUAUAUAUAGUGUAUUUGGCGGCAGCGCCAUUGUUUGAUUGUCUGGCAGCAAUGCAUGAGCCUAUUUUAAGGGUCAUGUAAAUGGUGUACCGGUAUUUUAGCCUAGACUCCAUUGCAAAUUAGGGGAAAGUAGGUGAUGUAUUUUCAUUAAUGAGAAUUGGCAUUGUUUAUUAAAAAAAUAAUAUAUAUAUAUAUAUAAUCUCAAUCUAUUCUCGGGCAAAGGAGACCACAAACAACGUCUGAAUUGGUGCUCUAUGAAAAUGUUUCUCCCUCCCUGUAGCAUCCCUAAUACAUUGAAGUGUAAUUAACUGUUUUGGCAACGUGGAUUAGUUUCAAGUGAAUAGUCUACCAAUUUCUGCAACAACCGCAGUUGGAGACUUCUGAAAGUUUCAUUAAUUUAUUUUCAUUAAAGGUCAUGCCCAAAUAAUAUUGGGAAAUUAUCAGCUAAAACUUGAAAAAAAAAUAGUCUAUUCAUAUUUUACAAUGAGUAGGCUAUGCCUUUUGAUCACAAAAGCAUUGUAUGUCUUUGUAUGACUAGUUAGUGCAUACAAGUUCAGGCUUCAUGCUGUGUUUGAAAAUGAUCUUGUAAAUGUUAAUUCAACAACCAGCUUUACUUAUCUAUGGCAGAAUGUGUUUUUAAUUUAACCUUUAUUUAACUAGGCAAGUCAGUUAAGAACAAAUUCUUAUUUACAAUGACGGCCUAUCCCGGCCAAACCCGGACGACGCUGGGCCAAUUGUGCGCCGCCCUAUGGGACUCCCAAUCACGGCCGGUUGUGAUACAGCCUGGAAUCGAACCAGGGGUCUGUAGUGAUGCUCAAGCACUGAGAUACAGUGCCUUAGACCGCUGCGCCACUCCGGAGUGUUAUUUGUUCAUUUGUAUUAAUUUUGCAUUGCUCAUGAUAGCAGUAUACAGUGCAUUCGGGAAGUAUUCAGACCGCUUGACUUUUGACCUUUUCCACAUUUUAUGUUAUAGCCUUAUUCUAAAAUAUAUUACAUUGUUUUUUUCCUCAUCAAUCUACACACAAUACCCCAUAAUGACAAAGCAAAAACAGGUUUUUAGAAAUUGAUUUAAAAAAACCCUGAAGUAUCAGAUUUACUUAAGUAUUCAGACCCUUUACUCAGUACUUUGUUGAAACACCUUUGGCAGCGAUUACAGCCUCGUCUUCUUGGGUAUGACGCUACAAGCUUGGCACACCUGUAUUUGGGGAGUUUCUCCCAUUCUUCUCUGCAGAUCCUCUCUAGCUCUGUCAAGUUGGAUGGGGAGCAUCGCUGCACAGCUAUUUUCAGGUCUCUCCAGAGAUGUUUGAUCGGGUUCAAGUCCGGGCUCUGGCUGGGCCACUCAAGCACAUUCAGAGACUUGUCCCGAAGCCACUCCUGUGUUGUCUUGGCUGUGUGCUUAGGGUCGUUGUCCUGUUGGAAGAUGAACCUUCACCCCAGUCUGAGGUCCUGAGCACUCUGGAGCAGGUUUUCAUCAAGGAUCUCUCUGUACUUUGCUCCAUUCAUCUUUCCCUCGAUCCUGACUAGUCUCCCAGUCCCUGCCGCUGAAAAACAUCCCCACAGCAUGAUGCUGCUACCACCAGGUUUCCUCCAGACGUGACACUUGGCAAUCAGGCCAAAGAGUUCAAUCUUGGUUUCAUCAGACCAGAGAAUCUUGUUUCUCAUGGUCUGAGACCGUUAGGUGCCUUUUGGCAAACUCCAAGCGGGCUGUUAUGCCUUUUACUGAGGAGUGGCUUCCGUCUGGCCUUUCCAAAUCAUGUACAAUCAAUUGAAUUUACCACAGGUGGACUCCAAUCGAGUUGUAGAAACAUCUCAAGGAUGAUCAAUGGAAACAGGAUGCACCUGAGCUCAAUUUUGAGUCUAAUAGGGUCUGAAUACUUAUGUAAAUAAGGUAUUUCUGUUUAAUUUUUUAUAUAUUUGCUUUGUCAUUGUGUGGUAUUGGGUGUAGAUUGAUGAGGACAUAAAAAAAGUAACGUAACAGAAUGUGGAAAAAGUCAAGGGGUCUGAAUACUUUCCAAAUGCGCUGUACUUACUGUACAUUACAGCAAUUCACAGCCAGAUGCAUAGAGGGCACUGUUACAAAAGUUGACUGUUGGAAACUAGGGAAAAUGUUCAUCAGCAUGUCCUGUGUCAAAUGCCAGAUAUUGGGUAGAAUAUUCAAUAAACCUCAUUGGACAGAUCUCACAGGUGCAAUAAGCGUCAUAUAGCUACUUUUCUCUUGAAAUGUGACCUUAGCCUACUACAGAACUCCCAUUAAGUUCAGGCAAUUCAAUAGAAAUGGAACAGAGAAGUGGCUAUUAAGAGGCUAUCGUUCAGUUUGGGGGCAGUUUAAUGGGUAAAAUAUACAGUGAUAGCCAUAAUGACCUUUCUGCUAUCAGCCUAUGGUAACCAUAGAUACAGGACAUGGCUGGUCAGAUCUCUUGAACAAUGCAUAUACCCCCCCCCCCCCCCCCCCCUCUUGUUUUCUGUCUGUCUCUCCUCCCACUAUCCCUCCCUCCUUGCCUUUACCAGACUGCCGACAGUCAACACCCCGCCCCAUCAAACACACACAACGGGCACUAUCUGGGCACACCUAUAGGGCCCCUUUGGCAUGACGGCUGUCAGGAAGCAAGGUGUCACAGCAAGGCAGGCAGUCCGACGGGCAUGGUGACACAGGGCCCAACCGUUGUCACAGGGCUUCCUGUACAACACACCCUAGCUGUGUCCAGAUUCUCCACUCUUCUUCCAAAGUGUGCACUUGCACACUCCCUGUCUUGGAUUGGCGUUAGCAUUGGCUGGAUGGAGUUUCCAUCAUUGUUAAAUCCACGAUGUGGAGUGUGCAAGUGAACACUUGGGGAGGAGACUGGAGAAUCUGGACCCAGACCCUCUUCCUCAGAGAAAGAUCAUGGGUACCUCUCAAUCCUCUGUAGUCUAAAUCUCCUCUCCUUGAUCUGAAAACACAAGGUAGCCUAAAUUUUGUUGGAGUGUGUCCCUGGCUAUCCAUAAAUAAAAAUAAAAAUCGUGCCAUCUGGUUUGCUUAAUAUAAGGAAUUAUAAAUGAUUUAUACUUUUACCUUUGAUACUUAAGUAUAUUUUAGCAAUUACAUUUACUUUUGAUACGUAAGUAUAUUUAAAACCAAAUACUUUUUACUUGUAGUAUUUUACUGGGUGAGUUCCACUUUUACUUGAGUCAUUUUCUAUUAAGGUAUCUUUACUUUUAUAGUGUUACAAUUGGGUACUUUUUCCACCACUGCAGGAGUAUCAAGCAAUAAUGUAAAGUUCAUAUGGCUCAGUAGGUUGGAGAGUGGAGUUAGAAACCUUUGGGUUCAAGUCCUGCAGAAUACCUUGUUGAACAUGCCAAUGCUUAUUUUCUUACUCAAUGGCUAUACUGUUUGGGCGAAGUAGCCAUGUUUUCUCUUACAUGUUUGACAUAAAGGCAUCUCUUUUCCCCCUUAGAUUACAACAGGAGUAUUGUAUCAUGUGCUCAUCAGAAUUGUAUCUUGAGUGUGCCUGUGGAUACAUUCCAUGUAAACAAUUAUAAUCCUUUGAUCUUACAUAGUUUUGGAUAAAAGCAGGUGUGUGAGCAUAUAAAUGUAAUUAUAGAUAAAAGUAGUACUAAUUUAGGCCUACUUCUGAAAUAUUAAUUCUUAGAAUUUGGAAUUCUAUUUCUGUGUGUGUGUGUGUGUUCAAGUAGGGCACCUGCAAAUGUGCAACUACACCAAAGAAUGUCAAUGUGAGCAUGCAGAAAACUCACUACACACACAGUUGAAGUCGGAAGUUUACAUACACUUAGGUUGGAGUCAUUAACUUGUUUUUCAAACACUCCACACAUUUCUUGUUAACAAACUAUAGUUUUGGCAAGUCGGUUAGGAUAUCUACUUUGUGCAUGACACAAGUCAUUUUUCCAACAAUUGUUUACAGACAGAUUAUUUCACUUAUAAUUCACUGUAUCACAAUUCCAGUGGGUCAGAAGUAUACAUACACUAAGUUGACUGUGCCUUUAAACAGCUUGGAAAAUUCCAGAAAAUGAUGUCAUGGCUUUAGAAGCUUCUGAUAGGCUAAUUGACAUCAUUUGAGUCAAUUGGAGGUGUACCUGUGGAUGUAUUUCAAGGCCUACCUUCAAACUCAGUGGAUCUUUGCUUGACAUCAUAGGAAAAUCAAAAUAAAUCAGCCAAGACCUCAGAAAAAUAAUUGUAGACCUCCACAAGUCUGGUUCAUCCUUGGGAGCAAUUUCCAAAUGCCUGAAGGUACCACGUUAAUUUACAUUUACAUUUAAGUCAUUUAGCAGACGCUCUUAUCCAGAGCGACUUACAAACAAACAAUAGUACGCAAGUAUAAACACCAUGGGACCACGCAGCCGUCAUACCGCUCAGGAAGGAGACGCGUUCUGUCUCCUAGAGAUGAACAUACUUUAGUGCGAAAAGUGCAAAUCAAUCCCAGAAUAACAGCAAAGGACCUUGUGAAGAGCUGGAGGAAACGGGUACAAAAGGAUCUAUAUCCACAGUAAAAUGAGUCCUAUAUUGACAUAACCUGAAAGGCCGCUCAGCAAGGACGAAGCAACUGCUCCAAAACUGCCAUAAAAAAGACAGACUACAGUUUGCAACUGCACAUGGGGACAAAGAUCUUACUUUCUGGAGAAAUGUCCUCUGGUCUGAUGAAACAAAAAUAGAACUGUUUGGCCAUAAUGACCAUCAUAAUGUUUGGAGGAAUAAGGGGGUAGCUUGCAAGCCGAAGAACAUCAUCCCAACCGUGAAGCACGGGGGUGGCAGCAUCAUGCUGUGGGGGUGCUUUGCUGCAGGAGGGACUGGUGCACUUCACAAAAUAGAUGGCAUCAUGAGGAAGGAAAAUUAUGUGGAUAUAUUGAAGCAAAAUCUCAAGACAUCAGUCAGGAAGUUGGUUGCAAAUGGGUCUUCCAAAUGGACAAUGACCCCAUGCAUACUUCCAAAGUUGUGGCAAAAUGGCUUAAGGACAACAAAGUCAAGGUAUUGGAGCGGCCAUCACAAAGCCCUGACAUCAAUCCUAUAGAACAUUUGUGGGCAGAACUGAAAAAGCGUGUGCGAGCAAGGAGGCCUACAAACCUUACUCAGUUAAACCAGCUCUGUCAGGAGGAAUGGGCCAAAAUUUACCCAACUUAUUGUGGGAAGAUUGUGGAAGGCUACCAGAAACGUUUGACCCAAGUUAAACAAUUUAAAGGCAAUGCUACCAAAUACUAAUUGAGUGUAUGUAAACUUCUGACCCACUGGGAAUGUGAUGAAAGAAAUAGAAGCUGAAAUAAAUCAUUCUCUCUAUUAUUCUGUGACAUUUCACAUUCUUAAAAUAAAGUGGUGAUCCUAACUGACCUAAGACAGGGAAUCUUUACUAGGAUUAAAUGUCAGGAAUUGUGAAAAACUGAGUUUAAAUGUAUUUGGCUAAGGUGUAUGUAAACUUCCGACUUCAACUGUAAGCGUUGGGUUAUCAGUACAUCUGUGCAUUUUCCCAGAUGUGCAUACACAUUCACAGCACGCAAUACAAAACAAAAAAUCUUUACUGUUCUCAAAACUAGCCCAUAAUGCCAAACAUGCACACACAGGUCUGUCUGUUUUUGUUGUUCAGCUCAAAUUGGGUGAGGGGGGGUUGGUGAAGAGACUCCUUAAUUUGCCACUGGGUUCAGUGCCCAAUAUUUGCCUUUGGGGGGGGGGAGACACCAUUUUCACAUAACUCUAAAAGGCAGUCAUUUACACUAUGUGUGUAUUUGAGUGAGAAAACUAAACUGUGUGUGUCAGUCAUUAAAGCACUUGAAACCUGGCCUCUGAAGUGAGAGUGUGAAGUACAUUUUUAGUUACCUAAUUCUUAAAGCAGCACUGGCCUUUUUGUUUACGCUAGUCUGUCUCUUUUUUAUUUGUUUCAGUAGCCAAACAAAAUAUUUUAUAUGUACUUCCAUUGUUUGCGGUAGCUCCUGCAAUUAAUAAAUCUCCAUCUUUUGCGCUUUUUGUUGAAGUUUUUGCCCCUAGUUGUUUAGUUUGAUGAAGCACUCACUAACAAUUACACUCACUGUUUCCUUCUUCCGCAGAUUAACGAGUUACCCGAAGGAGUGGUCAAGUCCCCCUCCAACAAGUACCAAGUGUUCUUCUUUGGGACACAUGAGACGUAAGUAAAUAUUGUUUUUGAUGCGUUUAAUCCUUUCACCUAGUCUUGCCCAAUUCCAAAUGAACACCUAGCCCCUACCUUCUAUACACUUUUGGAGAUAUGAGAGGCUUUGAUAGGCUAGUCUGUAUUUUCACCAUAUUACUUAUACCUAUCGGAGAACAAGUUGGAGCUACCAACAUAUUGUUCCUUACAUCUAUCAAAUUUCCCCAGAUCUCCACGAGUGCAUUAGGCGGUUCAUUUGGAAUGACACAUUAGCCUUUUACCUGGUAGUUCCAUAGAACAGUAUUUUGAAGCUCUGUAGGUGGUUGCAUGCGUCAACCUUUGAACUUUCUAACCUUUGCCCUCUCAGGGCAUUCCUGGGUCCCAAGGACUUGUUCCCCUAUGAGGAGGGCAAGGAGAAGUUUGGCAAGCCCACCAAGAGGAAAGGCUUCAGCGAGGGUCUCUGGGAAAUUGAGAACAACCCUACAGUGAUACACGAACCCGCAGGCUAUGAGGUGUGUGCUUAGGAAAGGGGCGUGUCUGUUUGUGUGCCUGCUGACGUGCGUGAGCCUUUGUUCCUGUGUGACACAUGAUGGCGUAUGAUUUUAGCAAAUAUUAAGACGCACACCACACAAUGUUUCUCUUUGCUAUUCUGGGAACACCACAAUCCUACUACUUCAUCCUCAAUUAUGAAAAGUACUCCCAAAUACACAUUUACCUAUACUCAACCUCAGCAAAUACAGAUGUGCAUUGGGAGUAGUUCACCACGUUUUCCAGCCUUAAUUCUGUUCUUUCUCCCCCAGUCAGCAAAGAAGGAGACCCCAACAGAGGGGGCGGUGGAGGCAGGAGGGGGACGAAAGGGGGAUGCAGAAGGAAGCAGUGAUGAGGACGAAGGAACCCUCGUCAUCGACGAGAAGAAUGACAAGGGAGGGGCCAAGAGGAAAGCUGGGGGUUCCGGCGAGGUAAGUGUCAAACAGUCACAAGUCAAGUCAGUCUAACAAGUAGAAACAUACACCAUAUCGCUACUGUAUUUGUUUGUUUUGCCAAUUUCAAUUGAUUGGGCAUUCAAAUGGCUGAGCAUUUACAAAGAAAGUCAAUUGGCGAUAUGGCCACUAUUGUAGGUAGCAGUUUGUGGCAAUGUUCCCUCUAAGCUCCUUCAGGACUGCCAUGAAGAAGAAAUGCCAGCCUGUGCAGAGAUGCUGAUGCACAAAAUAUAACUUUAUUGAACUUUAGUUGCCCUGUUAGUUUACAUGAUCUCUCCUGAAACAGAUCAAUGUUUCCUUCUACAGUAGUGUGGGAAUUGUGAUCAAAUGAACAUAUCAGCCUUUUUCAAUACAACAAACCUAACUUGGCAAGAUUGUCAGUGAUUUUGUUGUAGGCAGAGCGUAUCAUAAUAACAUUCUAUUGUAUUGACAGGCACAAGCAGUCUUUCAAUCACCCGUGGUCGGAAUAGAAGUGCUUUUGAGAUCAAAGAGCAGAGUCGUGUGUGCAAAUGUUUUCAUAUUCUUUGGUAGUUGGCAAGUUAUUAGGCAGGUUAUAGCUAAUAUUUGGUCAGCAAUAGGGGAGUGAUUGCUUCCUACAAGAGCACAAACCCUGUACGUUUCUAGCCAUCUUUGAAAAGCAAGUCGGGUAAAGAGCUUGCUUUUUGUGUUAAAGGGGCAGUAGUGUGUUUUGAGACAGGCUUGAAUAUACAAAGAAGCCAAUAGGCAGAGGGUAGCCAAUGUUUUUCUAAUUCUCUGUAUGGUAAUAAUAAUGAUACUUCUAUUUUGUGAAGUAUUUUCUUGCACCAUACAGCACAAUACAAUACAAUUUCCAGUCACAUAUUUGGCCCAUGGUGUUGACUGUUUACAGACCAUUUUUUCUGUUUUCUGAUAAGUGACUUAAGCUUUCAGACAAAUACAAAACCGAAGGUUAAUGUUAAGCAAGCAUAAUGUUUUUUUAAAAGUCUCAUGGAAUACAGGCCUACAUUGAACACCAUAGGCUACUGUAGGCUAUAUCAUAGCUCAAUCAAUAGCUAUUUUCAUCAGAAAAUGUUAUGCGAUGCUUUUGAUCCAUUGUUUUUGUUUGUAGGCCACUCUGAAAGUCCUAAUAGGCUCCAAAUAGCUUCAGUAGCCUACUUGGCCACUUUCUAAAACUAACUGAAAGUGUGCACAGCCUCCGUGUUCACAGUAAAAGAGUGCUGGAAGUUGCACAAAAUGCUCACAGUGUUCAAGAUUCCGCUCAUAAGACCUGAAAUUUGCUCAGUGCCUAAUUUUUUUUUAGGGAACAUUGAAUGCUGGUAUUGAUGAAGAACUGCCUCACAGGCAACGGCGUGAACAUGUUCUGCUUUAAGCUGCAUUACAUAUUCCAUAGGAAUAUUCGGUAGCACUUUAUAAUAACUUGUAAGAAAGUAUAUAGUUUAUUCAUAAUGUAUUCAUAAUUACUUCCACAUUUGUAAAUGUUAGUAAGCUAGUUAUUCACAAAUUUAUAAACAACCUUUUAAGUAUGUAAUAAUUAUUCAUAAUUUCUUGAGUGAACAGUGUACAUUCUCAUAAAAAAAUGGACAUGCCAUUGGUAGACAUUCCAGCUGUACCCGAUGCUCCUUAAAGACGGAAUCUGCAGUAGAGGAAAUAGUGCCACUGUUUAUUAUUAUUAUUAUUAUAAAGCGGAGGUGAGGAGCGUCGCGCAACGUGGAAAGAAAAUGUGCAGAACAUAUUCUGCUGUUCUGUCGCGCGUGCAAUGAUGUCCGAGGGGGAAAUAAACUGUUUAAUGUUUGUAGUAACUUCUUUGCUGUAAUAUUGCAAACGGACAUGGCAGUUUCACCAUUAAGGAUUCCGGCAUUAAGGUUUCAAAAUGGCCUAGAACAUAUAAUUGGUUAAACAAUCAUACACUACAGAGGAUGUUUAAGGAAAUCUAUUUAACAUUGGAUUCCAAAACAGUCACACUGUUGGAAUAGUGCGAUGUGUAACUUCAGACGCGCUCUAUACUGAGUAAAGCAACAGUUUCGUCUGAAAACAGAAACAUUACCCUGUUCUUAACAAUGAAUUUAUAAUAAAACCAAAGUGUGGAUUGCAGUCCAUAGACUGCUUACGUGGUAAGAAAACAAAUACCUGAAUACCGUAUAUAAUUUCGCUUAACUAUCCCAUUAUGUUAAAGUUACUACCUUUAAAGGUCUAGUUGUCUCCUGAGUGGCGCAGUGGUCUAAGGCACUGCAUCGCAGUGCUAACUGUGCCACUAGAGAUCCUGGUUCGAAUCCAGGCUCUGUCACAGCCGGCCGCGACCGGGAGACUCAUGGGCGGCGCACAAUUGGCCCAGCGUCGUCCAGGGUAGGGGAGGGAAUGGCCGGCAGGGAUGUAGCUCAGUUGAUAGAGCAUGGCGUUUGCAACGCCAGGGUUGUGGGUUCGAUUCCCACAGGGGGCCAGUAUAAUUUUUUUAAAUAAUAUAUGUAUUCACUAACUGUAAGUCGCUCUGGAUAAGAGCGUCUGCUUAAUGACUAAAAUGUAAAUGUAGUAAAAGUGAAGCCAAUCAAAGUGUGAAAAUAGUCUGCGUUUAAAAGACUGAAGCACUGGAAGCAUUUAAAGGUUAUACAUGUAGCAUUUCUACUUGCAAAUCAUACAUGUAACAUUUCUACCUCAAUCACAUAUCAGUUGUAAUGAAGAAAUAAAAAUCCUCUAGAGAAAAACUGGCUGGUCUAGCUAGCUGUUGUGUGUAGGCUACAUCUCCCUGUUUUAUGAUUAGUUCACGUUUGUGAGGUUGACAUUUAGCAGAACAUUUGCAUUACAACACUUCCUCAUUUACAAACAAUCUUCUAUAUAUUUCCUUCAACAUCCUGUGUUGUGGGCUUAUUCUUUUACCAUUGAUAUGUUCUAGGUUAUUUUGAGACCUUAAGGAGCAUCAGAUACUGCUGGAAUGUCUACCAAUGAAUUAAUAUUUGUGAGAAAUUACACUGGUUCACUCAAAACAUUCAUAAAGUAUAAAUGAUUAGUAAAUGGUUUAUAAGGACCUAUAUUAAACGUCUUAUAAAUUAUUUUAUGGAUCAUUAUUACUUUAAACGUUGUUUAUACAUGUGUGAAUAACUAGCUUACUAACAUUAACACAUGUGGGAGUAAUGAUUAAUAAAUUAUUAAAUGCUUUAUUACAAGGUGUUAUUAUAAAGUGCUACUGAAUAUUCAGUAGAAAAGUGGCAGGUGUGGGUCACUUUGCUUGUCAUAAUGAAACUAUCCUUGCAUGGCAUUUUUAAAGGUUUUUAAGCGGUUAUUUGAAACAGAAAAGGAAAAAAAACGCUAACGAAAAUAAGCAAUCGUAUGUUUGCCAGAAACAUGGCACUUGAAUAAGGGUGAUGUGUCUUUCUCUCUCCCCGAAGAGCUCUCCUAAACGACCUAAGGACACAGAGGGCAAAGGUGAUUCGAAGGUUGAUAGUAAGAAGUCUGACACCGACCUGAAGCUGAAGCUUAAUGACAAGGCAGGGCAUAAGCCCAGUGCACUGUCUUCUGUGGGCGAAUCAAAGCCAGAGGGCCAUGCAAAACCACCGACCGAGGGCCAACUAACAUCAGAGAAGGUGAGGGAAGCUGUCUUUUGGCUGUUGAGUUACACAGAUAUUUAAACAACCUUUUUUUUUUUUACCCUUCACUAUAUGUUUUACACUAAUCUCCUGUUCGGAGAAGAUCUAUUCAUUUGUUCAUACAUCAGGGCCUGACCCAGAGUGAGUAUUCUAAAAGCCUUGUAGCUAAUGUGGCCUGUUAUUUUGGUUGAUAAUCAUCUGUGCUUGAACGAACGAAAUUCAUCAAAUGAAGCACUUUGCUGUUCUACACGGGAUAGGUCAUCAAUAUAUAGUGUAUAGUACUGCACUGGCAAUGAGGCUUUCGACAAACUCACACCUUAUCCACUUAACUUUGAAUAGUUGGUGUUGUUUGGUUCAUAUCCAACAUUAUUUAAAACAUGAAAAUUACUGAUGCAAUGUAACAUUUUCUCCAUGCUUUCUUUUCAGCCUGUGAUGGACAGUGCUUAACAUCAAGCCUCCGAGGAUGACCAAGGACCCUUGGUUCUUCUCCAUGGAAUUUUGGCCGUCAACAUACAGUAAUUAGCUCAUCUUUGAAUGAUAGGUUUCUGAUGUUUAAGUAACUGGAAUGUGUUAAGACCUAAAUAGAAAUUGUACUUGCUAUACAAUAUAUAUAUAUUGAAAGGCAAAAAACCUUGC